CCUAGAACAUGAAACUGAUACUUUUUGAGCAGACGGCUCGAUAGUUGUAAUAGUUGAAUAACAAAACUAUGGCAUGCACGCUUUAAAAAUAAAACAUUAUAAUUUGUGUUUACAUUACACGCCAAUCGGACUGGGUGAAUGUUUUUUUAAAGGAAUGAGUAACUAUAUCUUAAAUUUUCGUUUUGUUAUAAUUAUAUUCCAUUAAUGUUUUGAACGUCUCUAUUAGGACGGUGCCUGGAAUGAUUUGUGCUAGUUAAUUAGAAAUUAUGGAUAUGUACGUGUGAUGGAAUAUUCACUAAUAACCCUACAAUAGUCAUGAUGGUGCGCUUGAGUAGCUUUUUGUCAUUCUUUGCUUUGACCUGAUCGAUUAUUGUCUCAAAACAACAUCAGUAUAUAUUGAAGGAUCUAGACGGGGACUUGGUGUAGGCCGUUGUUUUGAAAUUGGCGUUUACAUUGUUUAACGAGCCAUACAACGAUGUGCAAAUAAUAUAGACAAAUAGAAAUAAGAAAAGGGAGAUAAAAAGUCUCUCUGAAGUGUGAUAUCGUUUUGUGCAGAAUCAUCAUGGCAUCUGUACAAAAGCCAGUCUUGUCCGAAAUGAAGUUCCAAAACUGGAUAAAAAAUGGUGUUGUUUUAGUACUAACGAAAGAAGGACUACAGGAUAUUGUUGCAAAUGAAAUAACAAAUUUUCAUGAUGAACUUUAUCGUGACAAAACUACAAAAACAAAAAUAACAACACCUUGUAAGACUUGCUUGACAGAAAAUGUCGUAAAAUGUUCUUCCAAGAAUAAGAUCUGUAGAUUCUAUCAACGGAAAUGUGUUAACGUCCAUAAAACAUGUCCUUUGGGUGUAUGCCAAAACGUGAGAGAUGGUAUUGAAGAUGCACACAGAUUUAACCGACCCUCGUGGAAGAAUACCGAUGCCCGGCAAUGGUCUGACGCACCUUGGCAGAUAGCCAAAUGUUUCAUGUCCACUGAUGGUUAUGAUUCUUCACUUUCGGCUGCAGGAACCGAUUUUAAUGGCAUCAUCAAUGUGAUAAUAAAUUGUAAAAUGUUUGACAGCAAGGUACAGACAGAUUUAUCAAACAACAACAAUAUUUUCUGCAAGGCUAGAGCAAUAGGUAAUAAACAUAGACAUCAUCAUGGCUAUGAACUUUCGAAUAAGGAAUUCCAAGACAACAUCAGCAUACUUAUUCAGGUAUUGGAGGACUUUGUACAAAGUAACAAAAAAGCUGAGUCAGCCAUAAAGAGCAUCAGAGAGCUCAGUUCUGACUCAUGGACCAUAACAGAUACUAGCAGAGAUAUCACAAAGUAUCUUCAGGACGCUAUAGACGAGGCUAAAGAAAGUAUCGACAAGUCAAAGCAAAAUCUCUUGGAUGCGGCAAAGCAAUCUAUCAAAUCGAAUGCACAGGAAGGUAUCAGUGAAGUUUUAGGGGAGCUUCGACAACUUUUCUCUAAACACAAAAGUGAAAUAGAACAUGCAGUAAGACGUGGUAUCAAGAGAAUAAGAACAGAAUCUGAAUCGGCGCUUGAAGAAUUGCAAAAGAAACAAAAACAGGACAAUGUCGUUUACACGAAACAAAAAGACGAUAUCCGCAACCGUUUGAUUCAAACAUAUAAACACCAGUGUUCUAAUCUCCCAAUUUCUUCUCUUCUGGAAGAGGAAAAAUUACCCUUACUAACAUUCUAUGUGAAGCCAUAUAUGCGACAGUUAGAUCAUCACAAAAUUCAGAAGGAAGAGAAACCUGUUAAAACAUACAACAACGUAUUUCAUAAACAUGGUAAAACGUGCAGGAGUAUAUACGUGACUGGCGAUGCUGGCAUAGGAAAAACUGCAUUUUGUCAGAGACUUGCAUUGCUUUGGAGUCUUGCUAAAGUUCAUCCAAAGCUAGACAUUGAGGACGAAUCUGUUAGGGAAGACGCUGAAAUCAUUGGUGACUUUGAUUUCCUGUUUUACAUAUCUUUGAGAGAUACCUCUUUUUGCCAUAUAGAAGACAUUAUUCAACAUCAAUUGAUGGGUACUUUAGAUAGAAAAGAAGUUCUCUUGGAAAUUCUUAACACAGAAAAAUGCAUCGUUGUGUUGGAUGGACUUGAUGAAUGGACACACCCAUUAGAAAGAAAACACUGUCCAGGAAAUAUUAAAAUUCCACACAGGCCUGCAGUAGAAAAAUGUGUUUAUCUGACAACCAGUAGACCAUACAAACUUGAACAUUUGCGAUUAAGUACGCAUGAAAUCGACCAGCAGAUAGAAAUUUUACCAAUGGAAGAAGGUGUUGGAUUCACAUUUGUUGAACUUUUAAUCGAUUGCUUGAAUGAGAAAUGUGGUGUUCAAAAAGAUCCUGAGGAAUUCAUUAAAAAUGUUGCUGAAAACAAACUUGAAGAUCUAUUGGAUGUACCUCUGCUUACUACUCACCUUGUAUGUCUUUGGUUUGAUGGUGAGCUGACACAAAUGUCACUGUCAGAAGUAUACGCAAAUACAUUAGAAAUGAUGUUUCAACGAUCACUACAGAAAGAGAGAAGAAAUGAGACCAUACAAUAUCCAUCAAUAAAUGAAAAGCCAGAUACUAGAGUUCCUAAAUGUCUGUCUAAAUUGACAAAUGUUGGAAAGCAUGUAUCUUUGCUGUAUAGACUUGGUCGCCUUGCAUUUGAAGCUCUGUUUAUAGAAACAGAAUCGAGUCUGAUUUUCAAAAGUUCAGAUUUAGAGAGAUAUGGUUUAACGGAAGAUGUGGUUUCUUACCUAUGUUCAGUUGGCGUCCUCUCAAAGAACAAAGCAAUAGGUUUUCUAACAGAGAGGAAACACACACUGUCGUUUCCCCAUAAACUGUAUCAGGAGUUUAUGGGUGCUUUGUACAUUUCAAUGAGCGUAAAUAAAGAAGAUGCAAUACGCAAAACCAUUGUAAAGGCUUGCAAGACAUUGCAAGAUCUUAAGAAGUUCUCUAAUGUCUUCGUCUUUUUGGCUAGUUUGGCUCCCUCAGCCAUUGAGACAUUGUUCCACACGAUGAAUGUGUUUUUAUCGAAUGAAGUGUCGAAUUACAGGGAAUUUUCUUGCUCAGUAAUGUUCAAUUUCAUUUCGCAGCGUCGCAAACAAGUAGAAUAUGAUGUGCAAACCGUACAAGACCUAGCUGAGAAAUGUUUUGAAGAGUGCAAGCGAUCUGGCGGGGAAAGUAUCAAUAUGAACUUAGAGGAUGUAUUCAUUUAUAAAAGAAAUGCACCAAUGAUUUGGAAAUUGCUUCGGUCAAACAAGAGAACCAUAAAAUCAAUGUUUGCAGCCGGAAUAACGGAAAUAGAAAUCACACCAGUGUUGUCGGGGCUGGUAAGACUUGAAGUAAGAUUCAUUAACUCAGGUUCAGAGUUUCAGCAUUACAAUCAAUUAAUUGAGUUAUCCAAACGUACAUUGAAAAAUCUUUCUGUAAGUUACUGCCAUCAAAUUUCGGACAUACCUUUCAAUACGUGUGAGAACUUGACAUCACUGUACUUCCAUGACGUCAAAAUCAGACAUGGCCAUCUUGUUGAACUAAUAAGAUUCGUCUCUGAAAAACAUAACAUGUCUCAAAUUGGACUGGAUUGUGUUGAAUGUGAAGACGAUGGUGAUCAAUGUAUUCUUGGAAAUCUUGACCUGCGGAAUCACACGAGAAUUUUCUUGUUAGGUAUUGGUGGCAUAAAUAUCAAAAACGUGUUGGUAAAUGUUGAAGAGUUGUAUAGGCUUAGGUUAAACCAUAAAGAAAAAGGUGAGCUUGCUCGCUGGUCAAAACCUCUAUUGGACGAUUUGACCUGUGCACCAGUCUUGAAGAAAUUUUUUGUCAGUAACAUUACUGAUGAUGAUAUAAUUGGAGCGUUGGUUAGAAUGAUUUCCUCACUACAGAAGCUCAAGUAUCUAUAUAUUUUAAAAAUAAACUUUGGUGACCAUAAACUUUCUGUAGAUCCAGAGGGAGAAGAUGUGGAAAUUGAAAUGUCCCAUGUUACUCUGAGCAAUGAAUCAUUUCGUUGUUUUAUCCGCAGUAUUGCAAACGCCCUGAAGGAGAUAACCGUGAAUUUAUUGUUUUAUGAGAUACCAGGGGCGACUCGGGAAGAAAUUGUUACAUACAUUAAGUCAAUCCGGACCUUGCACGUAAUUAGGAAUACUGAAUACAAUAUGAGAUUCAUUAAGAGAUCUAAUCCGAUACAAGAUCAAAGUCACCCAUGAUUGAAAAGGAUGGGAAUAUUAAGAGUGCACUGUGUUUAAAACAUAUGCACGUUCCAAUCAACAAGCUGCCACGCGUUAUGAUUCAACUUAUCGAACUUAUGCAGUAAGAGUAUUCAUUUUCAGUCAGAAGACGAAAGAGUUUCGAUAGGGCGUGGGUACAAACCCCAGAAGAGGCAAUUUUUUCAAUAUUUGUCGGUUUUCUUCCUUUUUGUUUUGUCACAUUAUGAUUUUCUUUCCUAAUUUAUAUCUAAAAUUGUAAUUAAAAAAUGAAGUUGUAUGUAUAUUUUUACUGUGAAAUGUGUGAAAUUGGAUAGUAUAACCAAAUAAAAUCAUAAUAAUUUAAAAUUA